UAUUGAUCUAUUUAUCUAUCUAUGUAUUUAUCUAUUUAUUUUUAGAUGUCUUCAUGUGACACGUGAACUCACCAACACCAUGAGGAAUCUGAUUGGCUCUUUGCUGCUCAUUUUGUGAAAUAAAAAGGGGAUGUGACAACAAUAUGAAACCUAUACUGAAAGCAGCCUCAGAGUAAAUUCAGCAAACGGUAGGACAAAGCACUCUUCCUCCUCCAGAUGGAAAACAGCAACAGAGAUACACUGCAGGUAGACUUGGACGCAUUUGAUCUUUCUGAAGGGCUUGGAUUUCUCCUUGAAGAGCCUUUGACUAACCUUCCCGACCAUUAUCAAGUGUGGAUGGACCUGGCAAAUAAUCUCACGCAUCUGAUAGAGUCACGUAAACUGCGGGAUCUGGUGCACAAGAUGCCCGUAUUGAGUCCCCAUCACUUGAAUAGCCAUCGGGAACUCAGACUGGCUCACCUGGCUCUGGGUUUUAUCACCAUGGGAUAUGUAUGGCAGGAGGGACAACACGCACCUGCACAGAUUCUCCCAAAAGCCCUGGCUUUGCCCUAUUGUCUGGUGUCUCGCAGGCUUGGUCUUCCACCCAUCCUGACUUACGCAGACUCAGUUUUGGCCAACUGGAAAUUAAAGGAUCCCACAGGGGAUAUGGAAAUUGGGAACAUAGAUGCAAUAUUUUCCUUCCCUGGUGGUGAGAGUUGCAGGGGAUUUUUCAUUGUCUCAUUGUUGGUUGAGAUGACAGCCAGCUCAGGCAUAACGGGAGCUCUGGAGGUGAUGCAUGCUAUGAAAAUCUCUGACCUUAUCGGGAUACAGAAAGGUCUCAUUAAAGUUACACAGGCUCUGAAGAAGAUGAAGGAAACUUUCAAACUCAUGCACAGCCAAGUGGAUCCAACUGCAUUUCAUGGAACACUGAGAAUUUUUGUCUCAGGGUGGCGAGACAACCCAAUGCUUCCAAAGGGGCUGCUGUAUGAAGGUGUGAGCAAUGAGCCAGUUUUGUUAUCAGGUGGAAGUGCUGCACAGAGCUCCGCCAUUCAGUGCUUUGAUGCCUUGCUGUGCAUCCGGCAUGAGGAUGAGACAGGGGCCUUCCUCACACGCAUGAGGGAUUACAUGCCUCCUGCCCAAUGUCAGCUGAUAGAGACUCUGUCUGCGUAUCCGUCUCUUCGGGACUUCAUCAUGUCACGCUCCAGCUCUGCCCUCUGCCAGGUCUACAACUCUUGUGUCUCGGCCCUGGUGGACCUACGAAAUUACCAUCUUAAUAUCGUUGCCAAGUAUGUCAUCGUGCCAGCUAACCAGGCCCGCGCUGUGGGCUGCCCACUCACAGGCCGGUGCACUGCCCUGGACUCCACAGGGACCGGGGGAUCCAGCCUAAUGAACUUCCUCAAGAGUGUUCGCAACAGCACCCAAAAAGCACUAAUUUCAGAGCGGCUAUGUGCGACAUGAGAAACUCAACUUUAAUUUAUAAUUUGCAUGGUACGCAAUUACUUUUUGACGGAUCCUAUUCAAGUUUAUUUCACUAUAAGGACCUACUGACUGUGUAUUUUCUAUUUAUUAUCUGGCUGCUUACUAAAACAAUCAAUAAUCUGACAAGUAUAUUUACUGAAAAAUGAUGUUUUUUUUUGCUUAUGCUAAAAAAAAAUUCUCUUAUAUUCUAAGUUUACAACUGUUUAUAGUCAAACAAGGAUCUAUUAUUCAUAGCAAGUGUUUGCAGUAUAGAAAGAACCGACUACAGAAUGUCAUCAGAAUCAAGUAUUGAAUAAUGCUGUGCAAUAAUAGUUUACAUCUAAAAUCUUAUCAUAAAGCAUACAGAUCAGUUCAAAAACUUCAUGGGAAGGUAUGCUUCUCAGACCAAAAAAGAGUUUGUUCAAGGUGCUCUUUGGAAAAAGGGAUUCAAAAAUUAGAUAUCAAACUGGAAGAAAAAUCCAAGGUACUCUCUUUAAACAUUAAAAUGCCUUUAUUCACAUGGCACGGUCAUAUCUAGACCUAAAAAACACUUCCGCGCGUUUCGGCUUCAACCCUUCAUCAGGAAGUCAAACAGGUACAAACAUACAGAUCAGUGUUGAAGUAGUUACCAACAAACAGGAAAAAAACUCCAAGGCACUCUCUUUGAGCACUAAAAUGCCUUAAUAAAUAAAUAAAUAAAUAAUAAAUAAAUAAAUAAAUAAAGGCAUUUUAAUGCUUAACCCUGUAAAACCCGACCCAUUAUAAACUAGCCACAAAAUUCACAAUUUUUGGAAUUGAAAUGUUUAUGAGCCCCUUUAACAGAAUCAAAACAAAAAAUGUUGCCAUAUCAUUUUGUUUAUGAUAUAUUUUUUGUAUCACAUUCAAUACAUUGAGCAUUUUUGGUAACUUUUUGCUCACAACGUCAACUUUAGAUACAAAAAUACAUUUUACCAAUAACAUUUUGAAAAUAUAGAACAUUUCAGGUAGUUUUUUAAUUACUAUUUAAACUAAAUACAGCCUUUUUAUUUCCCUUGAAUGGGACCAUAAUUUCAGUAUUUUUCCAUUUUCAAUCAAAUAACAUCGCAAGUGUUCUUCUUAUUAUAACUUUUUGGAAAUUACCAAGGGCUUUCUAUAAAAUGUGUGGUGGAUGAUUUAACAUUAGCAGCCAUAUGGAAAAGACCAAAAAAAAAAAAAAAAAA